GUAUUGGGAGCCCAUAUUUAAAACCCUCUUUAAAAGGAUGCGCAUUGAAACGCAUUUGCUAAAACGGAUGGGAUAAAAACUUUUUUUUUAAGUUGCGAAACGGUACAUAAGGAUGAACUAAUUAAUGCAAGGAAAAUAACUGGCAACACAAAAUACAUUUUAAACAUAGUUAAUAUCUUUGAUUUCGAAACGCAACUCUUCUGUGAUACAUUUAAAUAACAUGGUGAAUGUACCGAAAAACAGAAGAACACACUGCAAGAGAUGUAACAAACACACAGAACACAAGACAACACAAUACAAGAGAAGCAAGGAAAGGUUGGUGGCUGCAGGUAAACGUCAGUAUGACAGAAAACAGUCCGGAUUUAAAGGGCAAACUCGACCAAAAUUAAGGAAGAAGGCCAAGACAAGUAAAAAGAUUGUUCUUAAGUUGGAAUGUAAGGAGUGUGGCAUCAAGAAACAAAUAGCUAUCAAAAGAUGUAAACAUUUACAGAUUGGUGGAGACUUGAAAAGAAAGGGAGAAGUGCUUGCGUUUUAAAUAAAAAAUGGGAAAAUACUCAAGCAGAUGAGAUUUGGAUACUUAACAGAAAUACUUAAACAUUUUCUGUAACAAACAAAAUUGUAAAUAUUUUAAUACAGUACUAUUUAAUCUUUCAUUAAAAAGGGAAUCCUUA